AUGGCGACAACGCUGGGAUCUAAAAAGUUAAUUCGCAUCGGCGUAAUGUUGGAGGCCGUGCAGCUGAGCGACAUCAUGGGCAUCGAUCUCUUCGGCAACCUGUCUCGUGAAUACUACAACAAAGUCAAAGACUUUGAUCCCGAAUUCGCACAAUGGGCCGACCACCCAGUAGAUACCAAGUUCUACUUCAUCUCGUCCACGCUAGAGCCCGCCGAGAUGACGCCCGGUCUCAAGUUCGUCCCGAACAUAACCUACGACGACUGCCCUCGAGAUCUGGAUCUCGUCCUCAUCGGUGGCCCACUCCCCAGCCAUCGCUCUCCCGCUGCCGACCGCUUCAUGAAGGAAGCCUACCCGAAGACCAAGGUCUGGUUGACAACGUGCAUCGGUAGCCCUUGGUUGGCCAGCGCUGGGGUGCUGAAGGGGAAGAAGUGCACCACGAACCGCGAAUUCUUGCCGUUUGUGAGGCAGGUCCACCCUGAGACUGAGUGGCUUGACCAGAGAUGGGUCGUCGAGGAGAAGGAGUAUGAGGGCGAGGAGAAGGGCGAGCUGUGGACUGGAGGUGGAGCCGGCGCUGGUAAGACUUGUUUCGCUCACACCCUGCUCAUUGUUAAUGGUUACAUGACUCUAGGCCUUUCGAUGAUCAUCACAUACUUGAACAAGAACUUCGAUCCUGGAUUUGUACAAAAGAUGGCACUCGAGGCCAUUGCAUUUGAAGAGUUGGCGCUAAACCAGUUUUACAAGACCUCAAGGCCGACAGCAUAA